AUUUUGUGACACAUAUAUAUACAUAUUUAGAAUAAUUUUUUUUUUAACUCGAACUAUGUACGGAUUGACAAAUUAGUUUUAGACUCUGAUUCCGUUUAGUAUUGACAUGAAGCAGUUUUUAGUCGCAAUUCUUUUUACCAUCGUGGUGACAGCAUAUUCCAAUGAAAUUGCAGGCUAUUUCCAAGAUGCAGACUACCCUGGAACUUGUGUUUACGAUGAAUUAAUUGUAUGGCCCGAUGACGUGGGUCAUCCAAAAAAUGGAAAAUGUGAACGCAUCUAUUGUCUAAAUGAGGAUGGUUAUGGAAAAAUUUUAAGCUGUCGCCCACAAAAAAUUCCUGCCGGCUGUAAAUUGGGAGAAAUUGUCAAUCCAGAUAGCACAUAUCCCGACUGUUGUGAGAGACAUAUUAUUUGUGCUUAGAUGACAUUUAGACAAUGUUGUGUGUAAACUCUGUAAACAAGUGAAUAAAAAAAUAAUUAAAUUUUUGUCAA